UGGGCAUGGGCGGGGCGAUGGGGCGGAGCGAGAGGCGGAGCGACAGGCGGGGGCAGGGUCGGCCGCUCCUCCGCUUCCCAGGCCCGGCUGCCGUGCGGUCCCGCCCCGCUCUCGGCCCGAGGCCGCCGAGAUGUCCCUGCCAGGGGAGCGGGAGCGGCCGAGGUCCCACGGGACGUGGCCGGUGGUGCCCGGCCCGAGCGGGGCCCCGGCGCUCACCCGGCCGGGCUCUGAGCCCGCCGCAUGCUGCAGGUUUCCGUCCAGGAAGGCGUGAGAGCGGAGAACGAGCUCAUGGAGCUGAAAGGUGCCGGGCAGGACGGCUCCAUGGGGCAGUUCAGAAUCAAGCGGCACGCUCCGCUGGGCAGGCUCAUGAAGGCGCACUGCUGCCGGCAGGGCUUCUCAAUGAGGCACAUUGUGUUCCUGUUUGAUGGGCGGGCAGUUAAAGAAGCAGACACACCUGCACAGCUGGAGAUGGAACACGGAGAAGAAGUGCACAAGCAGCAGACAGGUGGAGGGUGCUAAGACACAGCAUCUUUUGGAGAACACUUUGAGGAUCCUCAUCACACCUCACUCUCUCAUCUGUCCUUGGAUUUCCUGUUUUCUUAGGGAACAAAUGAACAUGCCAAUCACACAGGGUUCUUUGAAAUUUCAGAGGGAUAUUUACCAAAGUUGCUUGUUGUUACUGUCAUUGUGCCUGCACAAGUCAAAAUAGUAUCUGCAGGGAUUGAGCAGUGUCUGAAUUUAACCAUUUUAUGUUCAGAUUAAGUUAUGUGUGUUAUCUUUCUGUUGUUACCUUUUUUAAUGUAUUGUUUGUAUUCUCUUUUUUUUGUCUGUUUCUUUAAACUUGUGGCCUAAGCAUUCAUCCCUGUGUUAGGAUGCUGAGUGUUCAUGCCUGGCUCUUGUUGGUCUUGACCUUCUGUUUUAGUUCAGAUUAUUUAAAUAGUUUAAUGUAUUUUCAUGCCAAAUGCUAGCAUAAAAGUUUCCUUCUAAGCUGUGCCUGAGAGAAGGAACAGAGAUUCUGGUUUUAAGUUUUUAGCUCUUGUUACAAAUUCAGUCUCUUGGGCAGCAUUGCACCUUUCACUGGGGCUAGAACACCAUGCAAUGCUUAGGAUAGAGUUUAAAUAGUUAAGGUUUACAUAUGUUUUUUCAUAUUGUAAUAAAAGUGGGCCAAAAUAUACUUUUAAAUGCAGAAAUGGGAUAUUUUUUGUCCUGCAGUAUUGGAGAACUGGAGGUACCAGGGCAGCUAGUCCAAGAACUUAAUGCUUGUGAUAGAGUAGUUGUGGGGUUUUUUGUUGUGCAAGCUUAUAAAAAUCCCAUGACUGAAAUUCCAGCUGUUUGCUGAGGACAGGGCAGCCUCUGUCCCUUUGCCCUGCUCCCUUAACUUUGACUCUUUCUCUAUGGCCUCAAGUUUCUUUUUAAUACUUCGUUUUGGUAGAUAAACUUGGUAAAUAGGGGGUGGGGGGGAGGAAUUGCCUUUUAAUGUCACCAAACUUUGCAGAAGACCUAGUAAGUGAGGAGGGACAUUCAGAUGUCUUCAAAAUAAUAAUAACAAUAACAAUAAUAAACGGCUCUCCUGCCUCUCCAGCCUUGCUGAGGUGUAAUUAUUUGUGUGGUGGUUUGGGCUCCAUGAAGCCUGUUCCAGAGGAAUUUCAACUCAGGCUGUCCGGCUGCUCCAUGGAAUCAUCAUCAGCCUUUUCUCUUUCCAUUUGUUCGCAUUAGCUAUGCUCCUGCUUGCUGGGAUCUCGCUGGGAAGGCCCCCGUUCCCUUUCCCGUGUCGGUGCUGAGAUGGGCUGGGAUAUCCCGCUGUGUGUUCCCGGAUUUCCACCCUGCCGCGCCCUUCGCUGCUGCCCACGGCAAAUCCCGUGCGGGGCUCGGACCCUGCUCCCGCUCCCCGUGGCCGCCCCGGCAGGAAAGGCUGCUCCAGGGAACCGAGGGGUGUGCCCAGCUACAAACGCGCACUGCCCCGCUCCGUGGGGCAUUUUGCGUAUCCUCCUGUGUCC